UUUCUAUAUAUUAUUAGUAUCGAUUGCCGCAGACCGUUGCCACCGUAAAACGUGUAUACACUGUAACCAAGCGCGUGCUAAAAUUGGCUUAUCGAAAUGUUUCCCGUCCGCCAUUAUUCAAAUAAUUAUACGUUAUUAUUAUUAUCGUCACCAUCAUCGUCACGGUCGUAUUACCGCUGCCGCGAAUUAUUAAAAUAUAGGCAAUUCUGUAUCUCGCGUAAUCGAAUUCGGUUGUACCUAUUUGUCACCGUGCCGUUUCCAUUUCGGCUAUAAGUCCUACCGAGAAAUGCGUCGUCGUUUCAUUGCAGUCUUCCGCAGUCAGUGGUUGCUGUGCGCGAUGGUCGCGUUGGCGAUCAGUUACGCGGCCGAAUGUGUAAUCCGAAACGAACCGUACUGGGAAACGGAUGUGGCGUACCUGCACUGGUCCACCGACGUGCCAGCAAUCACCGUCUGUCCUGCAGCAGCUUCCGGUCGUACAGCAGAUCACCUUCGACCGCCGACGCUGAGCAACCCAAUGUUCAAUGAGAUUGACAAUACCUUAGGUGUAAAUAUAAUAAAACGAACAAACGAAUUUAAAAAAAAGGAUAGUACUUUAUUGUGUCAAAAUAUGUUUAAAAAUUGUUCGUGGAACGGAAAACUCUUCAACUGUUGCAGACAUUUUCAACCACACCGAUUCAUCAUUGAAAACCCUUGUUUUAGCAUCAAUUCUCUACAAACAAUUAACAAAAGAAAGAAAUUAGUUGUAAGCCAUUUUUCGAAAAAUGGAGAAUUAAAAAUGGAAUUCAAUGAGCCAGUUAAGAUUUCACUGCACAGUUUGGUAGACGUACGAUUUGGUGAGUUACAAAAACAAUACGUUACGGUAAACGCGGGCGAGGAAGUGGAACUGUUGUAUACGACCCGUCAAAUCGUCGAGGACGUUUCAUUGGUAGCUUUGGACUUGACCAAACGCGGAUGUUUGUUGCAAGACGAGAAAAAGUUAUUUCAUCACCCCGUUUACAGUAAAUCCGCCUGUUUACUAGAGUGUGCUUUGCGCCAGCCCGAAGUAUACGCUAAAAAUUACACAUUAUGUGAUUGUCUUCCUAUAUGCGCAGAAAUGGAAAUAAAUAACAUAUGGAAUGGAACCCAAAGAUCGGUUGAUAAUGUUACAAGAUGUAUCCUUACUAUGUCAAAACCAGCAACGGAACGAUUGGUAAUGAAAGCCAAAAAAGAUUACGUAGAUUUAAUAGUUAUCGUUGCCUGCUUGCUACAAUUGUUCACCGGAAUUAAUCUAUUAGACAUUCCUAAAUUUAUAUUCAAAAAAAAAAAAAAAAAUAAUAAACUCUGAAUCAUAAUAUAACUUAGAAUAAUGCAAGUUAAGCUUAAAAUAAUCAUGACAUUUUUUUAUAAUUCUACAUUAUAUAACUUAUUAGAUUUUUCGAUAAUUUAUUAUUGUUUCCAUUUUAAAAUGUUUUUAUCGACACGUAGAUGCAUUGCAUUAAAAAAUAAAAAUAAAUGUUAUAACUGCUAUUCGUUUAUCAAAGUUAUAA